AUGGCGGCCAUUGGUGUGCACCUGGGCGCUACCUGUGCCUGCGCCGCCGAUGGCCGCGCCGACGUGGUCGCCAACGACGCCGGGGACAGGGUCACUCCUGCCGUCGUUGCUUUCUCGGAGAGCGAGGAGGUUGUUGGCUUAGCGGCAAAGCAAAGUAGAAUAAGAAAUAUUUCAAACACUGUAGUGAAAGUAAAGCAGAUCCUUGGGCGAAGCGCUGAUGACCCACAGGCAGAGAAAUACAUUGCAGAAAGCAAAUGUUCAAUAAUUGAGAGGAAUGGAAAACUUCAAUAUGAAAUAGAUAAUAAACUUAUUAACCCAGAAGAUGUGGCAAAACUGAUUUUCAGUAAAAUGAAAGAAACUGCUCAGUCUGCAUUGGGUUCGGAUGUAAAUGAUGUUGUUAUCACUGUACCGUUUGAUUUCGGAGAGAAUCAGAAAAAUGCCCUUGGGGAAGCAGCUGCAGCUGCUGGAUUUAAUGUUAUGAGAUUGAUUCAUGAACCGUCUGCAGCUCUCCUGGCUUAUGGAAUUGGCCAAGAUUCACCCACUGGGAAAAGCAAUGUAUUGGUUUAUAAACUUGGUGGAACAUCGCUUUCUAUCACAGUGAUAGAAGUAAACAGUGGAAUAUAUCGUGUGCUGGCUACAAACACAGAUGAUAGCAUUGGUGGAGUUUGCUUCACAGAAGCUCUAGCACAACACUUAGCUUCUGAAUUUCAGAGGUCUUGUAAACAUGAUAUUAGAGGAAAUCCUAGAGCCAUGAUGAAGUUAAUGAACAGCGCAGAUAUUGCAAAGCACUCUUUAUCAACCCUGGGAAGUGCAAAUUGCUUUGUGGAUUCGUUGUAUGAUGGAUUGGAUUUUGAUUGUAAUGUGUCCAGGGCCAGAUUUGAGCUUAUCUGUUCUUCACUUUUUGGUAAAUGUGUAGAAGCAAUUAAGAAGCUCUUGCAGCAAGUUAGAUUUACAGCAGAUGAUAUUAAUAAGGUAGUUCUGUGCGGUGGAUCUGCUCGAAUCCCCAAGCUACAGCAGCUGAUCAAAGACAUUUUCCCAACUGUGGAGUUACUGAAUUCAAUUCCUCCAGAUGAAGUUAUUCCCAUUGGUGCAGCCAUAGAGGCAGGAAUUCUGCUAGGAAAAGAGAAUCCUUUGUUAGAAGAAGAAGCACUCUUUAUUGAGUGUUCUGCCAAAGAUAUUCUUCUUAAGGGAGUAGACGAGUCAGGGGCUGACAAAUUCACAGUGCUGUUUCCAUCAGGGACACCAUUACCAGCUCGAAGGCAGCACACCCUGCAUGCCCCUGGAAACACUUCUUCUGUGUGCCUUGAACUGUAUGAGUCGUUGGGGCAGAGUCCCAUGAAUGAAGAAGGUAAAUUUGCACAGAUUGUACUUCAGGAUUUAGAUAAAAAGGAGGAUGGCCUACAUGAUAUACUCACUGUUCUUACUAUGAAAAGGGAUGGGUCCUUGAAUGUUACUUGCACAGAUCAAGAUACUGGAAAGUGUGAGAUCAUCACUGUUGAAGUGGCGUCAUAG